UCGCACGGCCGCAGGGACGGAAGCCGGGAGGCGCCGCCGACCGCGCCUGCGACAGCGUCAAUCCUGCGCGGAGCGCCGGCCAAUGGCGGCGGCGGCGAUGGCGGAGCAGGAGGGCGCCCGCAACGGCGCCCGCAACCGCGGCGGCGUCCAGCGCGUGGAGGGCAAGCUGCGCGCCAGCGUCGAGAAGGGCGACUACUACGAGGCGCACCAGAUGUACCGGACCCUCUUCUUCAGGUACAUGUCCCAAAGUAAGCACGCCGAGGCCCGGGAGCUCAUGUACUCAGGAGCGCUGCUGUUCUUCAGCCACGGCCAGCAAAACAGCGCUGCAGACUUAUGCAUGCUGGUCCUGGAGGCCCUGGAGAAGGCGGAAGCAGACGUGGGCGACGACUUACUCGAGAAUCUGGCAAAGGUGUUCAGCUUGAUGGACCCCAACUCUCCAGAGCGAGUGGCCUUUGUGUCCAGAGCCUUGAAAUGGUCCAGUGGGGGUUCUGGGAAACUGGGCCACCCCCGACUCCACCAGCUGCUGGCCCUCACCCUUUGGAAAGAGCAGAACUACUGUGAGUCCCGGUACCACUUCCUGCACUCCGCAGAUGGCGAGGGCUGUGCCAACAUGCUGGUGGAGUACUCCACUGCCCGUGGCUUCCGCAGCGAGGUGGAUAUGUUUGUGGCCCAGGCCGUGCUCCAGUUUCUGUGUUUGAAGAACAAGAGCAGCGCAUUGGUGGUCUUCACCACAUACACACAGAAGCACCCGUCCAUCGAGGACGGGCCGCCCUUUGUCCAGCCCCUGCUCAACUUCAUCUGGUUUCUGCUGUUGGCCGUGGAUGGUGGCAAGCUGGCCGUGUUCACGGUGCUCUGCGAGCAGUACCAGCCAUCCUUGCGCAGGGACCCAAUGUACAAUGAGUACCUCGACAGGAUAGGACAGCUCUUCUUUGGUGUGCCGCCCAAGCAGACAUCUUCCUACGGAGGCUUGCUCGGCAACCUGCUCAGCAGCCUCAUGGGCUCCUCCGAGCAGGAGGAGGGUGAGGAGAGCCAGGACGACAGCAGCCCCAUCGAGCUGGACUGAGCCGGCCUGCGUGGAGGCACCACGGCCAGCACCACGGUGGACGGUUUCAGUGCGAGGCCUGGAAUGCGGCCCUUAACCCCGUGGGCCCUUUGACGGGAGCCACCUUUGCGGAGCCUGCCCUAUUUACGUACGGUGGCUGAGGGCCACACGGCCUGCCUGUCGCUGUGUGGCCGGGCCCCUGCCGCCCACCGUGUUCUUCAGAUCACCCACAAUAAAACACAGGCCUUGCUGCAGCACCCCGCUGCCGUCCUUGUCUCUGGUUCCUUGGGGAGGGCUGCGGGGUGACACGGCGGCCUGGUGUCAGGGACUGGACAAGGUGUGCUUGGCAUCCUCUCACCAGUGUCCAGCACAGCCAGGGUGAGAGCCACCCGCACUCUUAGGUCCUGUGGGUGAGCAGGCUUCUUGUCUCAUUUUGUUCAGACGUGGGCUCAUGGAGCAGUGGGAUGGGGGUCCUCGGAGCCGGCUGCUGCCUGCGUGGUUUGCCUGGUGUGGCCAGCCAGGCUGCUGGGUGUGAGCCCAAGCCUCGGCCCUGUGGCCCCUGCUGCCGCCCUGCUGGCCUCACUUUUAAAGGGCACUGCAGACUUUGUCACGUCCUUCACCUCCUCACUGGGUGAUGAAGUCCUUCAACCCAGCACUUCAGGAUUUAACCAAAUAACAGUCCAGGAACGACCAGCUCCGCCCUUUACCGCUGAGGAAUCCACGCUGCCAAUACAAUUACAAAGGGAAACACUUUAUUUUUUCACAAAGUAAGAGUUUCGGGUCAUGCAUGGGAGGGGAGAUACACCUUAUUUACUGUGAAAAUGGAACUUGAAGGCUGUGUCAACUGUUGAGUAUAAAUAAACCCUUUGU